AUGGAUGGUGAGGUGAUAUUAGUAGCAAUUGAUGCAAGUAAAGAGAUUACAGACUAUGCACUCGAAUGGGCAGUUCAAAAUGUGAUCAAAGCUUACGAUUCUCUAGUCUUAUUGGCAAUUCUCCCUUCAGGCAGACGCCCUCCAGCUGCUGGGAAUAACAGCAGCCUAAUUGGGAAAAGAGAGAUAAAGGAUGAAGAGCAGAAUUCAUCUGAUAAAGCAAGCUCUGUCAGUGCACCAAAUGUACCCCAGAAAAUAAACAAUGUGUGUGCACAGAUGAUGCAGCAACUGUUUUCCAUGCACAAUGUUGUUCAGGUUUCGGCUGAAGUUAAAGUAGUAGCUGAUGCACAGAUAGGGUCAGUUGCUAAGGCAGCUGAAGGGUUAUGCGCAUCAUGGGUGAUUCUUGAUCGACGCUUGAAGAAGGAAUGCGAUCGCUGCCUCAAAGAAUUGAAUUGCACCAUCAUACUAGUAGACCAUGCCAUUCCGAAAAUCCUCAGGACUGUUAACUUUACAACAACAAUGAAGAAGCUUGAUGAGAGAGGAGUCGUAAGCGAUCCCACAGUGGCUGACAUGCUAGGUGUGCUCCCCACUUACAGUCCAGAUAACAAGAGUACCAUGACACGAAGCAGUCUCGGGUUUGAUAGUCCAAAUUUGAAUAAUGAUACUUCAUCCUCUUUAUCCAGUUCAGAAAAUAACCAUUUCCAAAAAACCAGCCCUUCAGUGACCAAAUUUAAACCGACCAACACCCCUCCCGGUAUGAGUAUCCACUUUUCUGACCAUGAUGUGAAAAAUGAAGAGAGCUCCAAUCCAUAUGGUAAAUCACAACAAAAAGCUCCCAAAACUCCUCCUCGUGUAAGUGUUCGUUUCUCCGACCAUGAUGUGCAAAAUGAAGCAAUAAAUAGCUCCAAUCCAUAUGGUAAAUCACAACAACUGGAUAAGUUGCAAAGAUUUGACGCUCAACCUGCACGCAAGUCAACGUCCAGUUCAAUAAAUGAGAAAACCAGAAGCUACAACAGCACUGAAAAAAACUUAACAGAUGCAAGAAAAAAGAACUUGGGUGCUACAACAUUGAAAUCACCAGAUCCAACAAGGAGAACAACAGAUUCUGGGCACUUGUCGGAAAGAAAUAAGAGUCUGAAUCAAUCAGGACAACCAAUUACAAGAAGAGAACCCAUUCGGAGUAUUAGAAAUGAAGUUGCUCCACUCCAUUCUGCCCCAACAAUGGACAGAACCUCGAGCAUUAGAAAGGCCAUGUCUCUUUCCACCAAAAAACCACCAACACCACCACCACUUUGUUCUGUUUGCAAGCACAAUGCCCCUAUUUUUGGAAAGGCCCCGAGAAUGUUCAGUUACCAAGAGAUUGAGAGAGCAACUGAUGGAUUCUCAAGGGAGAACUUCUUGGCCGAGGGGGGUUAUGGUCCUGUAUACCGGGGUGUCUUACCUGAUGGGCAAGUUGUCGCAGUCAAGCAACAUACAAAGUUGAGUGCACAAGGAGCAUCCGAAUUCUGCUCUGAAGUUGAAGUAUUGAGCUGUGCUCAGCACAGGAAUUUGGUUAUGUUGGUGGGCUAUUGCAUUGAAACCGCGUGGCUCCUGAUAUAUGAGUUUGCCUGUAACGGUUCCUUAGACAGGCACUUAAAUGGAACACAGACGACUGAGGUGUUGGCUUGGGAUAAUAGGAUGAAGGUAGCUGUAGGAGCUGCAAGAGGUUUGAGAUAUCUUCAUGAAGAUUGCAGGGUCGGCUGCAUUGUGCACAGGGACUUUAGACCAUGCAAUAUACUCAUAACUCAUGACUUCGAACCCAUGGUGGGAGAUUUUGGUCUUGCAAGGUGGCAAGCAAAUGGCCAAUCAGCCGAGGAGACACGUGUCAUCGGUGCAUUCGGGUACUUGGCUCCUGAGUACACUCAGACUGGACUGAUAACAGAGAAGGCUGAUGUAUAUGCAUUUGGAGUUGUUCUGUUGGAGCUCUUAACUGGAACUAAAGCAACUGAAUUUUCAAGAAACUCAGGACAACAAUUUUUACCAUAUUGGGCAAACAACCACGUUGCCCACAUAAACUUCAAGGUCGUGGUCUUGAAAAUAUUGGAAGGAGAUAUGACUAGUGGCAUGGGCCAUGAUCAAGGGCAUCCAAAUUCUAUUUAUCCAAAUCCAAAUCCAAGCUUUAAUGGAUACACUACAGAUAGACAAUGGAACCAGAGAGUAGACAGCAGACUGAAUAUGAUGCAGCCAGUUCAUCAUUUUCGCCUCAGUCCACCCAGACGAAGUGUGCACAUAAAUAGUGGCCGGACUAGCACAUUCCGGCAAACGCCAUCCUACAGUGAUUACAGGUCGACAAAUGGGGAUGGAGACUUCUACCAAUCCGGCAUGCUUCUCAGUGAAGAAUUUCAAGAGUAUCUGCAAGGAACAAUGUCCAAAUAUGCUCAAAACACGACUGCGAAGCAACGGGAUAACUAUUUCUGAUUUUUGCAAGCUAGAGUGAAGCAAAUAUCCCAUCUUCUUAAAUUAUCUCUCUGGCAUGUACACGAGAUCUCGGUGCCUUCUCUCGACAAAAAAUCAAAGUUGAAUUCAAGGUAUUAUCAUGCCGGAUUAGAAAAGUAAACAGAUUCAUGGUCGGAAAGAUGGAACUUCUUAUUGCAGUUUCUCUGAUAACUCGGGCAAACUAGUUCUGUGCAUUGUCACCUUAUGAGUGUAUCUAUGAAAUACACUUGAUUAUUCUGAAACCAUUGUUAGUAGACUAGAUUUCAAUGUUAACUUACAAUCAGUCUCUAAGAUUGUUACUGCU